AUGGAAUUGGAAGUGGAAAGAAAUAGUGGAAACGAAGAAGAAAGCGACAUCAUCGGAGGAGGUGGUGGGAAAGUAAAUUUAUCGGCAUCGGAGAUAGAGUAUGUGAGCUACGAAGGAGAAGAUCAUCUGCCGCUGAUAAUGGGGCUGGUGGACCAAGAACUGAGCGAACCAUACUCCAUCUUCACGUACAGGUACUUCGUGUAUCUGUGGCCGCAGCUGUGUUUUCUGGCAUUCCACAGAGGCAAAUGCGUGGGGACGGUGGUGUGCAAGAUGGGGGAGCAUCGCAACACAUACAGAGGCUACAUCGCCAUGCUCGUUGUCAUCAAGCCCUACAGAGGAAAAGGCAUUGCUACCCAACUAGUUACCAGAUCUAUUCAAGUCAUGAUGGAAUCAGGCUGUGAAGAGGUAACACUAGAAGCAGAAGUGACAAAUAAAGGAGCACUGGCGUUGUAUGGGCGCCUUGGAUUUAUCAGGGCAAAAAGGCUUUUCCGGUACUACCUGAACGGGGUUGAUGCUUUCCGUCUCAAGCUGCUGUUUCCCCCCCGCCCAGACUUACGCUCCCAGUCCCAGUCCUCCCCACCUUUACAUUACAAUUUACAUGAAUGA